AGAGAGAGAGAGAGAGAAACAGCAGAGGGCUGAAGUCAUCAGCCGGCCGGCAGGAGAGAAGUGAAUGGGACCUGCACGCCAAGCAGAAAAACUGCGGAGAUUGACUGUGGUUCAGUUGUCUGACUGACGCGAACAGAGAGCGCGAGGAGCAGAAGGAUUGCGGCACCCUCAACUUAACUGUUUUCCUCUUUGUGUGAAUACUUGUCUUCCUUCUUCGUGGUGGCUUUACUUUUUGUGCAUUAGCUGAUGAUGAGAUGAAGCUGAGUUCCUCUGCGCGCUUGGCACAUUAGGGUGACCACGCACCGGGACGCACGGAGCAUCUCCAGAGAGACACAGGAGGAGAGGGAGGAAGGUCAAUUCGGAGUUUCUACACAUGGAUGUUAUAAGUCAAACUUUCUGAGCGUCAUUUUGGUUCUAAAUACUUAUUAUAAUCAUCUUUUGGACCUGCACUUGUGAUCGAUUUUGCUUUUCUCCUGCGCGCACCGGAUGAGAACCAAGCUUUUUGCCGUGUUUGUUUGUUACUUAUUUUUGGAGGAAUGUUCUUCAUCACCGCACGGAUAACGGAUCCCUGACUCGGCCUGGCUCAUAUGAAGAGCCUUUCCAGGAUGUUACAGUCUAAGCGGCCCAGGCAUCAUUGGGCCAGCGUCCACUACCAUCACCACAUAUCACCACAUAGCUGGGGGUCCUGCUGUGUGUAGGAAUAAUUCUCUGCCCUCCGCACUCUGCCUCAAACCGGGGCAAGAAAACGGAAUCUCUUCCAAUAAGUGUUUGGUGAACAUUGACAUUGGCAGUUGCACAGCACUACUAUGCAAUUAAAACUGAUCUCCUUUGUUUUGAUCAUCUUGCACUGCAUGGAUUACACUGGUGGUCAGCUGCACAGCAGCUCCAGGCACCGGCAACAUAAACAGAUCUCUGGUGUGAGCUCGGGGUGCCAGCAGGGUGGCUGUCUGACCUGCUCUGACUACAAUGGCUGCCUGUCCUGCAAGCCGCGCUUCUUCAUGCACUUGGAGAGGAUUGGGAUGAAGCAGAUCGGGGUGUGCAUGACUUCCUGCCCUCCAGGCUUUUACGGCACACGCUCCCCAGAGAGAAACACCUGCACAAAGUGCAGGUCGGAGUGCGACUCCUGCUUCAACAAAAACUUCUGCACACGCUGCCGAGACGGAUUUUACCUUCACCUGGGCAAGUGCCAGGAGCACUGUCCUGAGGGGCUGGUCCAGAGCAACACACAGAGGGAGUGUGUCCCCAAGUGUCCUGCAGAGUGUGAGUCGUGUGUGAAUGGUGAAACAUGCACGCGGUGCCGGCCAGGCCUGUACCAGCUCGGCGGGAGGUGCCACCAUGUCUGUCCUGAGGACUUCGAGCCCAAUGACAAGCUCAUGGAGUGCACGGCACAAGUGCACUGCGAGGUGGGUGAGUGGAGUGAGUGGAGCCCCUGCUCUCGGUCCGGUAGAACCUGUGGGUUCAAACGGGGCCAAGAGACACGCACACGUCUGGUCCUCCAGUACCCAACAUCCUUUGGGAACCAAUGCCCUGAUAUCUCAGAGAUCAGAGAGUGUGUGGUGAAGAGGAGGAAGUGUCCAGGAGGACGGAGGAAGAAUGAGCGUAGAGAGCGGAGGAAUCGCAACAACCGCAAGGAUAAAGAGAAUCCAGAGGGGCGAAGAGAGAGGAAGAGAGAGAGGGAGCGAGAGAGGGAGAGAGACACAGUUGAACGUGAAGACUCUGAUAACAGAAACAAAACAGAGCACCGGCAUCGAAGAGGCCACAACACAGACCCCGUCUCUCCUGAUGAAGGCCUCGUGCAGUAGUGCUCUGGACAGACAAGUUUGCUCCUCAUCAUCCUCCUUCUGUUAUCACCCAAUCCUUUUCUCUCCAAAGAUCCCUCACCCUCUGGUCACUCCCCCUCUUUGACCCCUCUCUGCAGGGGUGUUGCUGCUACCUGUAUGAUUUGAAUCUAAUGUUUAUGCACAAGCAGGAUGGGGCACAUUCAGCUACAAGGCUCGGGCCACAAUGGACUUUUUUAUCUUCCUAUAGCCUCUGCUCCUUCACUUUCACCACUGAGAGAGUGUCUCUGCUGAAGAGUGCAGGAGACGCUGCUGAGACUGCUGAUAGGACUGAAGAACAAAAUGAGAAACUGAGUGGAGGACUGACAGACAGAUGGACAGAGACUUCACACUAUGUGCUUGUUGAUAUGGUUAUUUAAUGGGGCCCUGACACAGCAUCGCGCAUCUUGGUUUUUGAAUGUAGAUUUUGCAACAUAAUAUAGAACAAUUGUUUAUUAUUGUUGUUCCUGUUCUUUAGAUCUCCUUACUUUAUUUUAUUUGGUGCAGACUUUGUAAAAAAAAAUAAAGAGAGUUUGCCAUUUCCAUCUUGUGACAUCAUCACAGUUACUGCAAAUGACAGAUGUGGGAAACCCGGCAUGCUGAGUCAAAGCAUUGACUGAAACCACAAACGUAUUCUGUAUGUCUUGGACAAAUAUGUGAUAAAUCUAAUUUACCAUUGGUUUUUCUUUUUGUGUAAAUGAAAUCUGUGCUCUCAGUAAAGCUCCUUUGAACAGGAACCAAAAGCACCUGUAUGUCAAAUAAAACUAUAAUGGGUUUGUA